UAUUAACCAUAUGAUGUUAAAUACAUUUCAGAUUAAUAUUCACGUAUCCAAUAUGAAAAUGCAAUUUUUUUCGUCUAUUUCAUUUUUAUUAGUCUAUAUAGUAUCAAUAAAUUGUCAGUCCUCUCAAGAAGAAUAUUAUCUGUCAGAUCUUUGCACGUCCAACCGUAAUUCUACCUCUUCCUACCUUGUCGACACUCCCAAAGGCUACUACAUAUCCACUAAAUCCACUUAUAAUCUCGUCAAGGAUUUGUCCGGGAAUAAGAAAGGCGAAAACAAUAACGAUGAAAAGAACGUAACGGGAAGCGAUGACGAUAAGGCGUGCUCUUUCGAAUUCGUUUUCAAUAGCGAGACCUUUCUCAUACGCGCCGAUUAUGCUGCUAAAGACGUUGACGGGGGAGCGGCGGAAGUCGAAAGCGAAACUCUGGCGACGAGUUACUCGAUCAACGUAGAGGCUCGUAGAUCGGAUUCGACAAAUGGCGAAAGCGAGGCGGGAGAGGAGCCGAUAAACUGUACAGCGACGCUGACCUUGAUAGGACGCGAACAAGAUUGGGCCGAAAUUUCGAAGACGGAACUUUCACUGUGUCCUACGAUAACUCAGACAACCGUUUUACUUAGCAAAAAUUUUACCUCGGCCCACAAAAUUGAGAUUCAGGUGAAAGAUUUUACUGUCGGAAGUCUAGGCGACUAUGAUCUCAUUCUUAGCAUUCUAACUGGAACAGUUUCAAAAGAAGAUGGUAUCAAGGCGAGUGUAGAUGACGUAAUUAAUAACGAUAUUAGUAAAAGGUCUUUGUCCGAUGCCGAUCAAAAUUCUGCGAGAGUUAAACGACAAUAUUACUAUCAACAACAGCAACAUAGAAGCACCGGUAGACGUAUAGCUCGCCUCGGUGCCGGCAUCAUAGCGGCCAUAGUGAUAGCCUGUCUCUUGUGUUGCGGGGUUUGUUUCAGUCUUUGCUUCUGGAUUUGCUCGAAAAGGGGUGGAGAUGGAGGAAGUGGAAUGCCUAGCUGGAUGAAAGGUAUGCCGUCGGUAUACAGGACGGAUCAGCCAGCCCCUACUGCUGGCCCUGAUUAUUAUGGCGGAGCACCUCAGCCAGCUGGAUACCCAACUGCAUAUGGAAAUACACCAGGGACUUACCAGGCGUAUCCUCAAGCUCCUAUAAGCAACUUCGACCAGCCGAUGUAUAGAAACCAACCACCGUCCAAUUAUCCCACGGCUCCAAAUCCCAAUGAAUAUUACAGGAAUUGAAGAAGGGAAGCAAAAGACACUUUUAAAAUAACUGAUUUUCCUUUUCCCCUCAAAAUUAUUAGAAAACGAAUAUUUUUUUGGCUUUAUUUUAAAAUUAUAACGGCGCCCAUCAUAUUAUGCCAAUAUCUUUUCGAAACAAAUUAUUAUUUACAUUUCUUACCCGCGAAAAUUUGCGAAAUUCGAUAAACGAUUUUAAUAUUAAUAAUAUUUUUUUAAUGAUUGACACCUUUCUCUCUAGAACUUUAAAUUAAAAAAAAUCUCGUUAUAAUGGGGGCACGCUUCAGUUAUUUUUUUUUACUCUACUAGAAAACAUACCUCGAUGACAUCUAUGGAUACCAUAUGUUAAGGAUUUUAUUGGUCAAUAUUGUUCACAUGAUUCUUUUUAAAAAAAUAUAUAAAUAA